CGUCCCGCCCCCUCCAUUCCCGGGUCAGCGGAGCUGCGCGAGGCUGUCCGUCACAUGACGCCGGGGCACACGUGACUCAGGGUACACAUGACUUCCCGGCGCCCGACUGCUCCUGGAAAACAAGGACGCGGGGGAGCAGAGAUGGUCCGAGCCGCGCCGUCGCCGCUGUUCUUCCCGCUGCUGCUGCUGCUGCUCUGGUCGCCCCGAGGCGAGGCAGCCCCCGAUCAAGACGAGAUUCAGUGUCUGCCCGGGCUGGCCAAGCAGCCAUCUUUCCGCCAGUACUCGGGCUACCUCAAAGGCUCGGGCUCCAAGCAUCUCCACUACUGGUUCGUGGAGUCCCAGAAGGAUCCCAAGAGCAGCCCUGUGGUGCUUUGGCUCAACGGAGGGCCGGGCUGCAGCUCCCUAGAUGGCUUCCUCACCGAGCACGGCCCCUUCCUGGUCCAACCAGAUGGUGUCACCCUGGAGUACAACCCCUAUUCUUGGAACCUGAUUGCCAACGUGCUGUACCUCGAGUCCCCAGCCGGGGUGGGCUUCUCCUACUCCAAGGACAAGUUUUAUGCAACUAAUGACACUGAGGUCGCACAGAGUAAUUUUGAGGCCCUUCAAGAUUUCUUCCGCCUCUUCCCGGAGUACAAGGACAAUGAGCUUUUCCUGACGGGUGAGAGCUAUGCCGGCAUCUACAUCCCCACCCUGGCUGUGUUGGUCAUGCAGGACCCCAGCAUGAACCUUCAGGGGCUGGCCGUGGGCAACGGACUCUCCUCCUAUGAACAGAAUGACAACUCUCUCGUCUAUUUUGCCUACUACCAUGGCCUCCUGGGGAACAGGCUCUGGUCUUCCCUGCAGACCCACUGCUGCUCUCAAAACAAGUGCAACUUCUACGACAACAAAGACCCAGAAUGUGUGAACAGUCUCCAGGAAGUGUCUCACAUCGUGGCCAGCUCUGGUCUCAACAUCUACAACCUCUACGCCCCGUGUGCUGGGGGGGUGCCAGGCCAUGUAAGGUAUGAGAAGGAUGCUGUCGUGGUCCAGGAUUUUGGCAACAUCUUCACUCGCCUGCCAAUCAAGCGGAUGUUGCAUCAGGCACUGCUGCGUUCCGGGAAUAAGGUACACCUGGACCCCCCCUGCACCAACACCACAGCCACCUCCACCUACCUCAACAACCCUCUUGUGCGGAAGGCCCUCCACAUCCCCGAGCAACUGCCUGGCUGGGACAUGUGCAACUUCCUUGUGAAUAUACAGUAUCGCCGUCUCUACCAAAGCAUGAAUUCCCAGUACCUUAAGCUGCUUGCCCCACAGAAAUACCGGAUCCUGCUCUACAACGGAGAUGUGGACAUGGCCUGCAAUUUCUUGGGGGAUGAGUGGUUUGUGGAUUCCCUCAACCAGAAGAUGGAGGUACAGCGCCGGCCCUGGUUAGUGAAAUACGGGGACAGUGGGGAGCAGAUUGCGGGCUUCGUGAAGGAGUUCUCCAACAUCGCCUUUCUCACCAUCAAGGGCGCUGGACACAUGGUCCCCACCGACAAGCCCCUGGCUGCCCUCACCAUGUUCUCCCGCUUCCUGAAUAAGCAGCCAUACUGAUGACCACGGGCAGCCCCUCCAGCCUCUCCUGCUAGAAGGGAGGCCUCCCUAAUGCAAAAUGCCCUGCAGGGCAGUGAGGGAUUUAGCACUUUAUUCCUGACGGGUAGGGCCUGGUCCCCUCCCUGCUUAAACAAUGCCCUUAAUGCACUGAUGCCGCCCCAGGAACACAGUAGAGCUCAGGACAUCCCACUGGGAGGUUGGACGGACUGUAAUUGAUGGACUGUGAUUAUGGAAUUAAAUUUGGUACCACUUA